AUGAAGUUUGCCAUCUCCGCCGCUGUCCUCUCCUUUGUUGGUCUUGCUUCUGCUACCAGUAUCGCUGCUCGCCAGAGCUGCCCACAAGCCACGAGGUUCGGCAUUCCCAGCGUGACUCCAUCGACUGUUAGUGCAGGAGAUUCUAUCAGCAUCACUGUCGACCUCACCUGUGGAGUAACACGCUUUGGAAUCGUGCCAGAGUUCCUCGAUUACUCCAUUGAGGUGCCAGCUGAGUUCAACAAUGGAUUCCAGCAAGCUAUAAUUCUCGCCCGUCGCGCCAUCCCCGCCGGAGCUCUGUCAGAUUCGUUUACUACCACCGUGCCUCACGGAUUCUUCGUCGCCAACUCCCCAUACAAUGUUGUCGUGACCAACAUUUAUAACAUCAACGGCACGGAUGGAAGCCCCGUCCUCGUUAAGGGAGGUGUCCUCCAACCUAUCACAAUCAAUGUAUGA